AAAAGCAACAGAAAUUUGAGAAAGGUGAUAUGAGUAAUAAUAAUGAAGAGCCACCUAAAAUUUCUGUUAUAAAAGGCUUAAAUAGGUUAAAAAAAUUUAUUAGUUUUGUUAAACAACAAGAAAGUUGUGAUUUUAAUAUAGAAGAGCUAAAAAUUUUUAGAAAUACUUAUUAUUAA